AUGAAUUCGAUUUGUUGCUGUCAGUGUGGCGAUGACCUGGAAGAAUUUCCCACAAAUGCUAUAUAUAGACACUGCCUCUGCUUACGAUUCUUUUUCCACCAAUUAUUUUCUGGAUAUGGUGCAUUGUUUCAGAGGAUCGAAGGGCUACCAGUUUCAUCUCCCAUUCAAGGAACUGCAUCAUCUUCUGUUGGCUUCACACUUCCAACUUCUUUAAACGAUGAAAUCCACUCAUCCACAAGACCUUUACCUUACGAAUCAGACCAUAGAUUUUCACGUCUGCAACGUGGCCUGGUGUCAAGACGUGAGAAAUCAAUGACACAUUUCCAAGAGGAUUCACAAGCACUCAGAAGGAGCAUGAGUAGUUCUGAGUCUCUGGAGAAGGUGAAAGUUCCAGAAGGGGUACCCUACGAGCAAUCUUCAGACAAUGAAGAUGUCUGCCCAACAUGUCUUGAAGAAUAUACUUUGGAGAAUCCUAAAAUAGUGACACAGUGCUCUCAUCAUUUUCACCUUGGUUGUAUAUAUGAAUGGAUGGAAAGAAGUGACACUUGUCCAAUGUGUGGCAAGGUGAUGGAGUUCUGUGAAAUCACAGCAUUAGUGCCUCCCUCAACGCCCCUGGUCCAUCGCCACUCUCCCGUUAUCAGGAUGGAAGUCGACUCCAAAUUACUCAAUGUGGGUGCCCUCCUCAUCGCCACUCUCGUGGCUGCCAAAAUCAUCGCUGCCUUCUUGAUCCCCAGAUCCCGUAAACGUCUUCCGCCCGUCGUCAAAGCAUUUCCGGUUGUCGGAGGGUUGUUACGCUUCUUGAAAGGGCCAAUCGUCAUGCUCAGACAGGAAUACCCUAAAUUGGGAAGCGUCUUCACACUCAACCUUGUCAACAAAAACAUCACGUUCUUGAUCGGACCUGAAGUUUCAGCCCAUUUCUUUAAAGCUUCUGAGUCGGAUCUCAGCCAACAGGAGGUUUACCAGUUCAAUGUCCCGACUUUUGGCCCCGGCGUUGUGUUCGAUGUGGAUUAUUCCGUCAGGCAGGAACAGUUUAGGUUCUUCACUGAAUCUCUCAGAGUUAAUAAACUUAAAGGAUAUGUAGAUCACAUGAUCUUCGAAGCUGAGGAAUUCUUUUCAAAAUGGGGCGAUAGUGGUGAAGUGGAUCUGAAACUCGAACUAGAACACCUAAUCAUUCUUACAGCCAGUAGAUGUUUAUUGGGUGAAGAGGUUCGCAACAAGCUCUUCGAUGACGUGUCUGCUCUUUUCCAUGAUCUUGAUAACGGCAUGCUACCCAUCAGUGUCAUAUUCCCGUAUCUCCCCAUCCCAGCCCAUCGGCGCCGCGACCAAGCACGGAAGAAACUUGCAGAAAUCUUCGCAACCAUCAUAACUUCCCGGAAACAAAGCGGGAAAUCUGAGAACGACAUGUUACAGUGCUUUAUCGAUUCCAAGUACAAAGACGGCCGCCCUACAUCUGAAUCGGAGGUCACCGGACUUCUCAUCGCUGCUCUUUUUGCUGGGCAGCACACGAGUUCUAUCACCUCAACAUGGACCGGAGCUUACCUCCUCUGCAACCAGAAACACAUGGCGGCGGUGGUUGAAGAACAGAAGGAUCUUGUGGAAAAACACGGCGACAAGGUUGACCAUGAUAUCUUGUCGGAGAUGAAUGUGUUAUACAGAUGCAUAAAGGAAGCGUUGAGACUCCACCCUCCUCUAAUCAUGCUCUUGCGAAGCUCACACAGUGAUUUCACAGUGACAACGAAAGAAGGCAAGGAUUAUGACAUUCCAAAAGGCCACAUAGUUGCUACGUCACCUGCCUUUGCAAAUCGACUCCCACAUAUCUUCAAGGAUCCGGACACUUAUGACCCAGAUAGAUUUGGCCCGGAGAGAGAAGAGGACAAGGCUUCAGGGGCAUUUUCGUAUAUAUCUUUUGGUGGUGGAAGACAUGGUUGUCUUGGAGAACCAUUUGCUUAUCUGCAAAUAAAAGCGAUAUGGAGUCAUUUGUUGAGAAACUUUGAGUUGGAAUUGGUGUCUCCAUUCCCGGAGAUCGACUGGAACGCUAUGGUGGUUGGUGUCAAAGGGAAGGUUAUGGUUCGUUAUAAGCGAAAAGUGUUGCAGUGAUUAUAAUAGAUUAAGGUUUCAUCUUUUUGGUUUUCUUUUCUAAAUGUUGGUGUGUUAGUGGUAUUCAUGUCUUUGGAUUAUGUAUCUUUCAGCUUUCUUCAAUUGCACUGGUCAAGCUUUUGUGUCUGUUUUUUUGUUUUUUUUUUCCACCAUUUUUUAACAUUAGAUUUUGGUGUUAAUGGGAGUGUUUAACAUUGAGGUCUACUUAAGUUCAAUUUCAGAAAUUGGAUGUUGGUUAUGUGGGUGACAUUGAUGUUUUCACAAACCACUAAACCCUUCUCAAUUCUUGAUGCUAUUCAAGUUAGGAAUUGUAGACCAUAUAUUAAAAAAGUCUAGUGUUGAUUGAUUAAACAAAGCC